AUGAUCAUCGGCAGGGAAGGCGUCGUCUCCCUGCUGGAAGGCUGCCGGAGCAUGCGGGAGCUGAAGCAAGUACAUGGUUACAUGACCACGACGGCGCUCGUCAGGGACGUCGUCCCCCUCAGCAGGCUAGUCGACUUCUGCACCGGCGCCGGAGAUCUCGACUACGCUCGGUCCGUCUUCCUGCGCAUCGACAACCCGAGCGUCUUCAUCUGGAACUCCAUGAUCCGGGGCUUCUCCAGCAGCGAGCUCCCCGCUGAGGCGCUGGCCAUGUACAGAGAUAUGCAGAGGCGGAGUCACCGGCCGGACAACUUCACCUUCCCCUUCGUGCUCCGAUCCUGCGCCGCCACCUCAGACAGCCAAUUCUGCGGCUGCGUUCACAGCCGCGUGGUGAGGUCUGGCUAUGAAUCAGACCUCUACGUCUCCACCAGCUUGAUACAUGGCUAUGCGGCCUGCGGCGACGUAGAGUCCGCCGAGGUGGUGUUCGAGGAAAUGCCCCGUAGAAACGUGGUGGCAUGGACGGCCAUGAUCGCCGGGUAUGUCAAGUCAGGACGGACUCAGGACGCCGUCAGAUUGUUGCAGCAGAUGGAUUUCGCAGGCGUCGAGGCUAACGAAGUCACCAUGGCGAAUGUUCUUGCGGCCUGCGGCAGAAUCAGAGACAUUGAUACCGGCAGGUGGGCGCUCCGCCGGCUUCACCGUCUCGGGCCCGACGUAAUCCGAUCUAACGUCGUACUCGCCACCGCGGUUCUCGACAUGUACGCGCGCUGCGGGAGCUUGAGGACCGCGCGGGAGCUGUUCGACGGAAUGACUCACAGAAACCUGGCCUCUUGGAACGCCAUAAUCACUGCGUACAACCAGUAUGAGCGGUGCGAUGAGGUGGUGGAGCUCUUCGCGGAAAUGCGUGGCCAUGGCGUGCGGCCGGAUAAGGUGACUCUUCUGGGUCUGCUGGGAACCUGCGCAAGGAGAGGGGAUCGAGGAUUAGGGCUAGGGGUUCAUGCCUACGUCGAGAAGACCAGUUGCAGCCAGGAUGUCCAGGUGCGGACCACUCUCUCGCACAUGUACGCGAAGGCCGGGGAUGUACAGAGCGCCUUUCAGGUCUUCUGGGGGUUGGAGAGGAAGGAUGUUGUGGCAUGGACUGGGAUGAUUAUAGGCCUUGGCAGCCAUGGACGUGGGCACGAGGCCGUGGAUCUCUUCGAGGCGAUGCAGAAGGAUGGGGUGGCCCCCGACGGCAUCGCCUUCAUCGGGGUUCUCAGCGCCUGCAGCCACUCCGGGUUGGUGGAGGAAGGACGCAGAUACUUCGACGCCAUGAGGAGUGACUAUGGAAUCGCUCCGUCCCUGCACCACUACGGGUGCAUGGUGGAUCUUCUGAGCCGAGCAGGGAGAAUAGCCGAAGCAGAGAGAUUCGUCGACUCGAUGCCACUCCGUCCGAACGCCGCCAUCUGGAGCGCGAUGUUGAGCGGCUGCCGGAUCCACGACGACGUGGAAGUGGCGGAGCGGCUGCGGCGCAGAAUGGCCGAAUUGAGUCCUGCGAACAGCGGAGUUUUUGUUCUCCUUUCGAACGUUUAUGCGGCGAGAGGAAGGUGGGAUGGAGUGGGCUGGGCAAGGGCUUCAAUGAGACAGAAAAGGAUGGAGAAAUCUCUCGUACACAGCAGCGUUGGAGGCUGA